AUGGAGUGUCGAGACCUGAUGGAGGAUCUGUUAUCUACCUCAGGAUCGUGCAGUCUCACCUCUGAGAUCCAUCACACAGAGGCUGAUGUUGCAACUAAACAGGAAAUGGGUCAAACACUAUCUCCAGAGCAGGAGGAGAUGGCCUUUGAAGGUAUUGCUGAUAUGCUUAGCAAUGUUUUACAGCUGGAUGAACUUAAAAUUGACAGUUCCCUGCAGAGAUUCUCUGGGCUCAACUCAGCUGAAGAGCUGAACAAUUACAGAGACCACGUCUUGUACAGUGGAGAACUCAAUCAGGUCGCAUCUAUUGUGAGAGAGGUGGGGAAUGUUCUAGGUGGGCUCAGCAAGGUGCCUCAUGCUGUCGGACUGGGAGCUCUCAUCAUUUCCUUGGCCUUAGACGUGGUCGCCAAAAGCCUAAAUAAAGAAACCAUGGGCACAGCUGAAAUGUUAGAGAGGGUGUUCGCACAGGAGAAGGCCAAGGAGGUGCGAGAUCUGAUGCACGAGUAUUUGAAGCGUAUGCAGAUCAACCUGAGAGACCCACAACUUCAACUCUCUGACACCCGUCUAAUUGAGAUUGCUCUUAGUGCCCAGCUCACACGGCUAAAGAACUCCAUGCUGAUAGAUGAACAUAUGGACACUCAGUUUCUGAAGCAGUGGGUGAAUGGAGCUGCCUUCCACACACAGAUGCUGAUCCAUCAGGCUCGUCUAGAAAGUGCAGGAGAACCUGAUGGAUCCAGAGCCGUGCGUGCGGCAGGGAUUUAUCAGCAGGACAUGAACCGUCUGAUGGAGAAAAUCAAGACCUUGAUGAGAAAUCGUGAUGAUUCUCAAAAUGCCAAUAAGAUAAUAGAGAUUCUGUUUUCUAAACCUCAGAUUACCUGGACGAGGGAUUAUUUUUCAAAACUGCAAGCAAAUAUUCCAGCUCUUGUGAGGCAAAAUGCUGACUUUGUUAUCAAAACCUGA